UCUGCGCCUGCGUGGCGGCAGGUCCCGCGGACAGUUUGAAUUUUGGCUCUGGGAGCUAGUGUCACGGUUUAGCGUUUCGGUCGUAGUCUGGUGCACUCAGUCCCCAGCCGCAGUGCAGGCUCUUCGCUCCAGACUCCGCGAGGUCGCUGGCUCGGAAGCCGCCCGAGGAGGCAUCACUCAGUAGAUGCUUAAAGGAUGGCCUCAGAUCUAGAACAGCUAUGCUCUUAUGUUAAUGAGAAGAUUGAGAAUAUUAAGAAAAUUCUGUCGUUAAGAAAACUUGGCCAAGACCCUACCUUGAAGACCACCUUGAGUAAAAUAGGAGAUGAGAUCAUUACGGUCAACGAGCUUCUAAAUCAAUUUGAAUUGGAAAUUCAGUAUCAAGAACAAACUAACGGUUCACUCAAGGAGCUCUGCGAAUCUCUUGAAGAAGAGUUUAAAGAUGUGGAACAUCUCAAAGAACACAUUCCUUCCCAUUUGCCUCAAGUGACAGUGACCCAGAGCUCGACUCACAAGCCAGAUCUGGAUCCUAAAGAGUCAGUUAAAGCUGAGGAGCCUGUACUGCCAAAGAAGCCUCCCAAGGAGCAGAGAGUUAUUAAGGAAAUGCACUUUAUAACCAUGGACGAGUUCAAUGGCGUUCCUGCGUACAUGAAAUCCCGUUUAACUUAUUGUCAAAUUAAUGAUGUUAUCAAGGAAAUUAACAAGGCAGUAGUUAGUAAAUAUAAGAUUAUGCAUCAACCAAAAGCAUCUAUGAGCUCUGUGAAGAGAAAUCUCUACCAAAGAUUCAUUAAUGAAGAAACGAAGGACACAAAAGGUCAUCAUUUCAUUGUGGAAGCUGACAUAAAGGAAUUCACAACUUUGAAAGUUGACAAGAAAUUUCAUGUGAUCAUGAACAUACUGCGCCAUUGCCAGAGACUGUCGGAGGUCCGAGGGGGAGGACUUACCCGAUACGUCAUAACCUGAGGCGUACUGAUUGGCAGUAGGCUAUAGAAAUUUCAUAUAUUUUACCUUCCCCAUUUCCUAGCCCUGAUUGUUACAGAAGUGAAACUUUGGAUAAAGCACAUAUAUUGUCUAAAUGCACUGUGGAUGGAGCUGGAACUCACAAGCACAAUAAGCCAAAGUCAGAAAGACAAAUUCUGUCUCAUGUAGAAUCUAUAUGUGCAUAAGAACGUGGGGGUCUCAUGUGGCCAGAAGGAGGAUCUUGAGAAGUACGGAGAAGAGGGGAGCAAAGAAGGUGUGGGCCGCUGUGAUAGGAGAACAGAGAAAGGAUUAUCUGGGAACCAGGGGAAUGGUAGCAAGCACAAGGUCAGGAGAUGGAUUAGAAUAAAGUGCGAUGCCACAAGAUACAUACACAUGUAGUAGCGGGACUCAUUUCUUUGUGUGCUAAGUUAAAAAUUAAUUAAAAAGUCACUGCCUUCCAGUAAA